CGCGUCACUCUUUGCUUUCACAAUCCACUGACCAUGUCGUCGAUUGUCGCAGGACCCGGACCAGAAACACCUCUGCCCCUCAGUCCGCUGAAGCAACUUCCCACUAUGGCGCCAUCACCAUCGGUCAAACGCCAUAAUGACCCUUUCCUGGACUCUGCGUCCAAGAGGUCCAAGCUAAGCUCUACCCCCUUGAAGAUGCCAGCUAUUCCUACCCGCGCUCUGACACCAUCCACGUCCACUGCGGCGUACUCGUCGUCUCCUCGACGUCUCGACUCGUCGCCUACCGCUGCAAAUGUACAACCUAUAAAGCACGUCAGGAUCAAGGACAUUGCCAUGGAGCCCGUCACCGUAACUCCUGGCAUGGCCAUAGUUUUCGGACGGCAUCGACACACACAUGAUGCGAACCGCACGACAGAGCUCCGGUCAACCGUUCCACCCCAUUUGCGCCAUCUCGUCUCUGACAUCGACUCGCCUGCGACUGUGGUCUAUCUUCCCCGAUUUGCGCGCCAUGCGUCUCGAGUCCACGCCGUGGUGGAGUAUCUCGAGGACAAUGAUGUGCUGCGUGUCGUUGUAGUGGGUCAGAAUGGUCUGAGAUUAUCAGAUGGACACCGCAUUCUGCCUGGACAGAGAUUCGACCUGCAUCGUGAGGAUGAGCUGGAGAUAAGCUUUUAUGGAGCGGCUGUGCACCUUGGAUUUCCGCACGAAACGAGGGAGAGAUUGUUCUCGCCUGAGUCUGAAGCGUCAUCGCCACAAUCAUCCUUGCCGCCGUCGUCUCCACCAUUACGACGCGGAUCGAGUCCGCUGUCUGAGGAUGAGAUCUCAACCGCGGCGAUGGUCCUCGAGUCGAAGCCAUCCGUUUCGCCUAGAAUUGGAGGGCCUGAUAUCGACUCAACACUGCCCCUACCAGCUGGGACCGACUUGCCGGCCCUUCUCGCCUCUACCGUCGUAUUCUCAGGAUCGUCCAAAUUGAGUCUGCCGGAUCUUGUCAAACACAUGCUGGAAUCUCAGCCUAGUCUACGCGAGCAAGGGAGUGAAUCUCAGUGGGAACACUGGUGCUCAGGAGUGCUCGACAAGAACGCCAUGUUUGGCAAGGUUCAGCGUCACGGCAAGGAUGCAUCGGGCAGACCUUUGUUACCGCACUACUUUUACAAUCCCGAUUUGGAUACCGACCUAUCGCGUGCAAAGGAGCUUGGGGGCUUGGUCCGACCUCUGCGGACUGUGCAGAGGGCAGGAGGCAAGGCUAUCGACUGGCGGCCAGUCGGUGGAGGAAGGAGGCGAUAAGCCUGGAUUAAGCUACGAUCCAUCCGUCGCUCUGGAAUGCGUGUAUGGUGUCUUGGGUUUUGACAUUCGGUACGAGGACGUAAUCCGUAUUCCUGGAUUGAGCAACGUUCAUGCAUUUUACCUACCAAGUGGAUAGGACGAAGACAG